GCAGCGGGCUGGGCGCUGCAGUUGGGAGCUAGGAGCGCAGGGCUCGGGAGGCGGAGCCCCGGGGAAGGGAGGGGCUGGGCGGAGGCUGGCCCUGAGAUGAGUGUGUCAGGUCUCGGCGCAGCAGCCAGGCAGCGGCCCGCUCCGGGGCGGGACCAGAGGCGUUAACCCCUUCGUGCCCGCGGACGCGUUAACCCCUUGGGGCCUGGCGCGGACUGACUCCGGGGCCCGGCGGCUGGACUCCCCGCGCUGCCCGUUCCAGAUGCGCCAGGCUCGGGCGCGCCGGGCGGAGAGCGCUCGCCCCUGAGCCCGCCGCGCCCCGCCGGAGAGAGCCCCGCCUGAGGCGCCGAGCCCCGGCCCGCGAGGAGCAGGAGCUGCCCGGCCAUGGCCGACCCCCUGCUCGCCGAGCGCCCGCCGCCGUCCUGCCCCGCUUCGGCCGCGGAGCGCGCGGGGGGCGCCUCGCCCCGCGAGCCGGCCGGGCGGUGGCCCGCGGGAGGAGCCGAGCAGCGGGCGGAGGAGCGCGCCUGUCAGGCCUCGCCGCCCGCCGGGGCAGGCCGGGGCGAGGAGGCGGAGGGCGGAGACUGGGCCGCCGGAGAGGGGCAGCCUCCCGCGGAGGGACAAAGAGCCGGGCCCCGGCCGGCCCCGCCGUGCCAGGGCUGCGCCGGGCCGGGGGGCCCCAGGUGCCGGCCCCCUGUCGGAGGAGAGGAGGAAUGGCGGCAGCGGCAGCUGGGCAAGAAGAAGCACCGGCGGCGCCCCUCCAAGAAGAAGCGGCACUGGAAGCCCUAUUACAAGCUCACCUGGGAGGAGAAGAAGUUGUUCGAUGAGAAGCAGAGCCAGCGGGCUUCCCGGCUGCGAGCGGAGAUGUUCGCCAAGGGGCAGCCCGUGGCUCCGUACAACACCACCCAGUUCCUGAUGGAGGAUCACGAUCAGGAGGAGCCGGAUCUCAAGACUGGCCUUUGCCCCAAGAAGGCUGCCGCUAAGUCAGAUGAUACCAGCGAGGAAGACUUCCUGGAGGAGGCGGCGGACGAGGACGGAGGCAGCGACGGGAUGGGCGGCGACGGCAGCGAGUUUCUCCAGAGGGAUUUCUCAGAGACUUACGAGAGGUACCAUGUGGAGAGCCUGCAGAACAUGAGCAAGCAGGAGCUGAUCAAGGAGUACUUGGAGCUGGAAAAAUGCCUUUCCAGGAUGGAAGAUGAGAACAACAGGCUGAGGAUGGAAAGCAAAAAAUAUGGGGGGGACUCCGCAGAGGAUCCUAGGGUAAGAGAACUCGAGUUGGAACUGGACAUGUUGAGAGCUGAGAACCUGAAGCUGUUGAAAGAGAAUGAACUUCACAGACAACAGGAGAACUCUCUUUCCAAGUUUGGAGAGUGAAACUUUUGGGGGUGGGUGGGUGGGGGGUGGGACUUUUUACAGUGAUGGAAUGUAACAUUAUAUACAUGUGUAUAUAAGACAGUGGAUCCUUUUUAUGAUACAUAAUCAGAAUAAACCACAGCCUUGUAUUAGUUUUUGAAGCUAUAGCUAUAGUGUAGUGUGUGUUCUGUUAACUAUGUGCAACUGAGAAUGCCCCCUUUUUUAAGGCAAAUGUGACUCAAGGGGAGGGGUGUGACUCUUUUUGAUGUGCAAGUAAAAUUGAGUCAAUUUAUGAUGCAUUUUAUGUUUAAACCAAAAGGGAAGAAAAUCCAGGGGGAGGGGGAAAAACCUAGGGAAUUGUAAAUCGGCCAAAUUCUGAAAACAAUAAAAUUCAUUAGUUCCAAUAAAUUUAAUUACUUGUAAAUGUAACAGUUUCAGUGUGAUUUCUAGAAAAAUAUUCAAAAUAGCAUUCUCCUAGCUGGGAAUAAAUUUUGAAUAAUUUUUAAAGUGAUAUUUGUAUUUUUAAAUGGCUUUUAUUGCCUAAUAAAUCAACAGAACUAAG